UUCAACAAGAAAUGACCCACUUUUAGUCGAUUGAGGAAAUGCGCGCGAAUCAAGCAUGGUAUUUGCUACAUUUUUCGCAUCCUUUUUCUUUCAUUGAACGCUGUCCUUAAGGGUUGUUGGCCCCAGUCCACCUACUCUGGACAAGCCCUUGAUAUCUUUGGCAGCUGUGUAUGUCACUUAAGAAAAAAAUAACAAGUUUAAAGCAAUUGCUUCAGAAGUUCAAUGGCAGAGCGAUAUUUGUUUCCCUUCUAUCUUUGCGAAAAAAACAUAAUCUGGAGAUCAUACCUUCCGUAUGUAUCAACAGUAAAAGGUAGGGGCAAGCAACUAGGCCACAAGAUCUAUGCCACUGAAGCAAGCAACUACUACUACAAAACACAAAGCAAGGUGUUUGGAAAAGGAAAGCAAGGUUACAACAAAGAAAAUGGCAAGAAAACUAAAACACACUCCUUUAAAAGGCUUAUUCAACAUCAACGCGAAGCCAAGCUUCUGGGAAAAAACAAGCAAGGUAUUGAGAGAACUGCAACAUACUCGUCUAAAACGCUCAUCCCACAUCGACGCGGACGAAGCAAGAAAAUCAAGACAGGAAAAAGUAAGAGCAAGAAAACGCUAGACUACAAGAAGGUACACGAUAAGAAAUGGUCACAUCAGCGCUUGGAAAGCAGACCAACAAUGGCGAGAAAAAGACAGAAAGGGGGAAAGCAAGAUAACAAAAGAAAGCAAGUCAAGAAAUCACAACAUCGUGUUAACAGAUUACUAAUGGUGGGUGAAAAAAAGAGCGGGGGAAAAUACGGAGAGAAAUCAACACAUCGCCGCGUGAGAAGGGAUGACGUAACGCUAGAGAGAUGUGCGCCCGCAGGCCGAGUGACAGCAAAGGGAAUCCACCUAUGUCCAGUGUGUCAGCGGAUAACUCGUCUUCCAGAUUACUACUUUCCGCAGUACCUUAACGAGCUGACGUGUGACAUGGAAACAUCUGCUAGUGUGGUCUCGCCCUUCUGCGCCUUUGGAAGAUGCUUCCAGAACUCUAUUUAUCAAGAGUUCCUGGUCCGCGAUCCAGACUCAUAUGAGUUGGUGUCCCAGAACGCGAGUCACGUGGUCUAUCGAGCUGUAUUCAACACAGCCACACACCCUAUCAAGACAUGUUGUGAUUGCAUAGCUGACGGUGCAUAAGGAAAUGUACAUGGCUGGUGGACACGAAUAAAUACAAAAAGCCCAAA